UUGUACACUCUAAUUAUUUGAUGGCGGCGGACGGGAAAAAGAUGAGGUCUGUACACUGGUCGAGUUUGACGGAUUGUAAAAUGUGUAAACUAGCUGUGAUUGUGUUUUGUCUCGGAUCUCUACCUCACAUCUCAUAUGGACAAAAUGAAAUAGAAAAUUUACCAAGUUCAGCUUGUUACAAUGCACAGGGUAUCGCUCAGCGGUGUAUGCCAGUUUUUGUGAAUGCUGCCUUUAGUAAAACUGUUGAGGCCACUAAUACCUGUGGUCUGACUAAUCCCACCGAAUACUGUCUACAGACAGGAGUCACGGGUGUCAGAAAGCAGUGCCAAACCUGUGAUGUGAAGAGGCCGGGGUACAGCCACCCCCCCGAGUUUAUGACGGAUUUUAAUAACAAUCAUAACUGGACAUGGUGGCAGUCGGACACCAUGUUGGAGGGGAUUCAGUACCCAAUAGUAGUCAACUUGACUCUUAGUUUAAAUAAAGCAUAUGAUGUAACCUAUGUUAGACUGCGUUUCCGUUCCCCAAGACCAGAAAGUUUUGCCAUCUACAAGAAAACAACAGAAGAUGGUGAAUGGAUUCCAUAUCAGUUUUACAGUGCUUCUUGUGGAAGGACCUAUGGAAAGGAACGUCGGGGUAUCAUUACGGUGGAUAAUGAAGGGGAGGCCAUCUGUACAGAGGAGUACAGUGACAUUUCGCCCCUGACCGGGGGAAGUGUACCAUUCAGUACAUUGGAGGGACGGCCUAGUGCUUUUGACUUUGAGAGCAGUCCUCUAUUGCAGGAAUGGGUAACAGCCACCACCAUUCGUAUCUCCCUGACACGCAUGAAUACUUUUGGUGAUGAGGUGUUUGGUGAUGCCAGAGUCUUGAAAUCCUACUUCUAUGCCAUCUCAGAUUUGUCAGUUGGGGCAAGGUGUAAAUGUAAUGGCCAUGCUCAGGAGUGUUACCCACGACAGGGUCCAGGCCCAACUUUUGAGAGGAGAGAAAUCUGUAGGUGUCAGCACAACACAGACGGACCUGACUGUGAAAAGUGUCUCCCCAUGUACAAUGAUAAACCAUGGGCCAGGGCCACAGAGACCAGUGCUAAUGAAUGCAAACGUUGUGAGUGCAACAACAAGGCAGACCGCUGCUACUUUGACGAGAACCUCUACCAGAGAACUGGCAGGGGAGGUCACUGUAUUGACUGUCGGGACAACACUGACGGACCACAUUGUGAAAGAUGCAAGGACAAUCACUUCCUCAAGCCAGAUGACAGGAGAUGUACUGCCUGUGAAUGUAACUCUGAGGGUUCUGAGACAUUGCAGUGUGAUGCCGCUGGCCGUUGUCAAUGUAAACCAGGAGUUGCUGGGGAUAAGUGUGACAGGUGUGAAAACAACUACUAUGACUUUGGAGAUGCUGGAUGCAGGCCAUGUGGAUGCAACUCCAUUGGAAGCCAGGACAACUUUGCCAGGUGUAAUCCUGUGGAUGGAACAUGUAUGUGUAAGGAGAAUGUGGAUGGUCGCACCUGUGACAGAUGCAAGCUUGGUUACUUCGCUCUUCGAGAGGAUGAUCCCAAGGGAUGUAUCCCCUGCUUUUGUUUUGGUCACUCAUCUGAUUGUUCAAGUGCCUUGGGAUACUAUGCUACCAGUAUUAUCUCUGACUUCGAAACAGGAAAGCAGAGAUGGACUGCUGCUGAUAGAGCUAACAAUAUGAUAGAGACCCAGUAUAAUGGUGUAUCCCAGAGCUUAGGGGUGUCUUCUCCAGGCCAAGAACAAAUAUACUUUGUAGCACCAGCUCGUUACCUGGGUGAUCAGAGAUUCAGCUAUAACCAACACCUUUACUUUGACCUGAGAAUCGGUGAAGACGACUCUAGACCCUCAGUCAUUGACAUCAUUUUUGAGGGAGCUGGUCAAAGGUUUUCCUCAGCUAUUUUUGUCCAAGGAAAUGACAAGCCAUCAGUACAAACCAAGACCUUUAAGUACAGGUUGAAUGAGAGGCAGGAAUCUCAGUGGGUGCCAAGGUUGAACUCUCAGGCUUUUAUAUCUAUAUUGGCUAACUUGACUGGGCUUAAAGUCAGGGCUACCUACAACAAUCAGGGUGUUGGUUUCAUUGACAACAUUAAGUUGGACACUGCCAGAGCUGGAUCAAAUGGAGGAGAUCCCGCUACGUGGGUGGAACAGUGCACCUGUCCCGAGGGAUUUGUGGGACAGUUUUGUGAAUCCUGUGCAGGAGGAUACAAGAGAGAUCCUCCCAACAGUGGCCCAUUUUCAUCCUGUGUACCUUGCCAAUGUUUUGGACACUCAGACAGCUGUGAUCCAGAUUCAGGAAGAUGUAUCUGUCAGCACAACACAGAGGGAAAUUUCUGUGAGAAAUGUGUCCCCGGUUACUAUGGUAACCCCAAAAAUGGCUCUGAAUAUGACUGCAAGCCCUGUCCAUGUCCUGAUGGAGGUCCCUGUAUUCAACUUCAUAAUGGAGAUGUUGUAUGUACAGCCUGUAAUGAUGGCCAUGGGGGAAAUCUUUGUGAUAUUUGUUUGGAUGGUUACUAUGGAAAUCCUGUGGGAGGAUCUGGAAUCCAUCAGGAUUAUAAAGCUUGUCAAAAAUGUUCCUGUAACGACAACAUUGACCCUAAUGCCAUCCACAACUGUGAAUCUAAAACUGGAGAAUGCUUAAAAUGCAUCUACAAUACUGAUGGGUUUUACUGUGAAAAGUGUUUGCCUAAUUACUAUGGUGAUGCCUUGGCCAUGCCAAAAGGAAACUGCACAGCCUGUAACUGCUACCCCCCUGGAACUCUGGUGAUCAAUGAACUGUCGUGCGACUCGAAGACCGGACAGUGCACCUGUCAGGAUCAUGUGGUAGGGAGACAGUGUGACACUUGUGAACCAGGCUACUGGAACAUCAACACAGGGACAGGUUGUGAGAGCUGUAACUGUGAUGGAACAGGGUCUUUAAAUGAUGUUUGUAAUCAGGCCACAGGACAGUGUCAGUGUCGCCCAGGUGUGACGGGACUCAAGUGUGACCAGUGCCAGCCUUACCACUAUGGAUUCUCUAACACUGGAUGCACAGCCUGUAACUGUGACCCUGAGGGUUCAAUGAGCCUACAGUGUGACAGAUAUGGUAACUGUCCUUGUCGAACCAACAUUGAGGGACAGCACUGUGACAGGUGUAUGGAGAACAAGUACAACAUCACAGCUGGGUGUAUAGACUGCCCACCUUGCUAUAGACUAGUACAAACUCAGGUCAACAUUCACAGAGGGAAACUGCAAGAUUUGGAAAAUUUAAUUGUGAACAUCGGUAACAAUCCUGCUGCAUUUAACGACACCCAGUUCCUGGCAUACAUGAAUCAGGUCAAUGACUCUGUCGUCAUGUUGCUAGACGAGGCCCGGGGAGCUAUCAGUGAUGAUGGGUCAUUGGGCAAACAGUUGUCUGAACUGAGAACUGCUAUCAGAGAUGUGAUGAUCAAGUCCAAUGAAAUCACCAAUAAUAUUAGAAGUGCUGAGUCGAUGGCCCGUAACAGCCUGACUGAUAUAGACAGUGCCAAGGAAGCAAUUAGUCGAGCUGAUGCUGCCCUGCAGGCAGCAGAGCAGUAUAUAGACACCCAGGGAAGAGAGGCAUUGCAGAAGGCUGAGGAUGCAUUGAAGCAGCAUGGUGUGCAGUCUAAACAGAUGACGGAGAUUGCAAAUGAAGCCAAAUUAGAAGCCGAGAGGCAAAGAAAAGAAGCUGAGAGGAUAGAAAUGUUAGCCAAGAAUGCCUUGAAUACUUCUCUUGAAGCAAAACGUCUAGCUGAAGAGACUUUGGCUAUGCCUGAUAAAGCAGAAAAGGAAAUCCAAAUGUUAAGACAGAAAUAUUCUGAAGCUGAUACCUUAUACAACCAGACAAAGGCAAUGGCAGACAAGGCCAAAGAAAGGGCCAAGGAAGCAUACAAGGUGGCCCUGAAACUGUACACAGAAGCCACCUCCAUACAACUCCCAGCCUUUGAUCUUAACCUGCUGGAUAGCAACACGGAGAGAAUUAAGAACACUGCUGCAAACAUCAAGAGGGAGGCUCAAAAGUUAAUGCAGGACAAUGCCAAGCUGCUGAAUGACACCAUUAAUCAGAGGUCAGAAGCUGAAGGAUUACUGAAAUCUGGAAUUAAAAGCCAGCAGAAAGUGGAUGAGUUGCUGGCAGAAGUAGAUGUGGCGAGAACUAUGGCAAGAGAAGCAGUAUCAAGAGCUGAGAAGACAUUAGCAGAAGCCAAUGAAACCCUGCAGAUUUUAUUAGGAUUUAACAAACAAGUUGAAGACAGCAAGGGUAAGGCUGAGGAUGCCAUAAAGAAAAUUCCAGACAUUGAGAACCUAAUCAAGCGAGCUGAGAACAAAACCCAGGAGGCCCGAGAUUCUCUCAGUGGGGCGGAGUCUGAUGCUAAUGAAGCACUUUCAUUGGCUCAGCUUGCUCAAGUCACAGCUAUCAAUGCUUCUGAUGAGGCUAGCAGAAUUCGUUUGGAUGCAGAAACAACCAAAGUCAGGUCAACCAGUCUUAAAGAUCAAGCAGAUAUGCUCUCUGAUGAACUGACAAAUACUGAGCUAGAUUUGAGUAAAUAUGAAAAUCAAGCUAUGAGAGAUGCACAGCGAGCAGGAGAGGCUCUUGGAAAAGCAGAUGAAGCCAAAAAUACAGCUAAGAAAGUGUCUGAUGACGUUACUAAAGCACUAGAGACAGUUACCAAUAUUUCAACUCUAUUAGGUCAGUUAGUCAAUGUGGAUGUUAAUAAGCUUGAUGAUCUUGAACAAGAACUUGAUGAUGCAGAAAAAGAAUUAAUGGGAACUGAUCUGCAAGAGCAAUACAAUCGUUUAGAAACAGCCAAUGACAAAAUCUUGCAACUAGUAGCACAGUAUGAAGAUGAUUUGACAUAUUUGAGGAAAGAAGUGGACAAUAUACAAGAAAUCAAAGAAUCUCUACCAGAUGGGUGUUUCAAGAACAUAGGAAUUGAAAACCCUGGUUCUCAGUAGUAAAUGGAGAUCUAGAAAGAAAACCCGGUAGUUAUUAUAUGCAUUAUAUACCACAGAUAUUUUGUACAGCAAAGUCACAUAGAGGUGAUAUGUGAUGGUUGAUAUUUUUUUCUUCAAAUUUUAGAUGAUUUUUAUUGUCAGCAUGUUAAUACUCAAGUUUGUUGAUGUCUAUUAUAUGGACAUUGUCUGUCAUGUUGAUGAAAGUAAUGAUCAGCAUUGUGACUGUAGACAUGGAAAUUAACAUAGGUUGUAAGUUAUCAAACAUGAUAUCUUAUGAAGAAAAAUGUGUAUUAUUUUCUGUCGAGGAUAAUCAGUAGAUUUUCCUUAAACGAUUUACAUUCAUUUCAUGUUCACAUAGUAUAAAUAUGUUGGGAUUCUCAAAGUUUUAAGUACAAAUUACUGUGAGAUCACUUUCUUUCAUGGGGGCCAGUUAUUCUCUCUCAGGAGGGUCUGAUUAGUGGAUCUGUAUUUUGCUAGAACACUUCUGUACAUGCAACUAUUACAGUACAGUAUUUCAUUGGGGCUGUGAACGGCAUAAUUUAACUCACAAUAGUAGAACCACCUUGUGCAGUGAACUUGAACAAGGAGACCCACAAAAAUCGUCAUCGUGGACAAUGAUAAUUCCACAGUAAUAAAACAAAGCAUUGUUUUAUGUAGUUUUACCUCCAACUAGUUUCAAUACUUAUCAAGUUUUACAGUACCUCAUUUUGCACCUCAUAAAUGCUAAAAUUGUGAUUGCUAAAAAAAAAGGUUGUUUCAAGGAUAUUUCUAUAUUUAGACUACUAAUUAGUGGAAAUAGGUUGAACAAACAGAGUUUUUACAUUUAAAAAAUUACAUGUUGUGUAUUUUUUAGUCAAAGUGUAGUUGACAGUAGAUAGUUUUUUUUUUAUCAAAUGUAUAAUUUUGUGGUAUGACAUUUGUUUUGCAUGGACAUUGUUUUUAACCCUUUCAUUUGUAACACAAUUUUCAGAAUAUUUAUACAGGUAUAUGUAUAGUGCCUAAUAUGUGUGUCAUAUUUCAUUGUCUUACUGUAUCAUGUGAUCUUACUAUAUGUACAUGUAUUUACACUUUUAUAAAUGAGUAUUGUAUUAAUAACUCAUUCUGCAAACAGAAGCUUUAGUGUGUGAAAAAUUAUUUAGUUGUCUGUUGGGUAUUUUUCAAGGGUGGGUGUUUUGUGCAAGUUUAAAGUAAAUCUAGGCAAAUAAAUUCCUUCAUACAGUAUUUUCAACCAGUGAUGAAUGCAAUAAUUUAGAGAGCGAUCACCAGUGGUUUAAAUAUUGUUGCCAUGGAAAUGCAGUAGUCAUCUUGAGAGUUUGACAUCACUUCCUGUGUUGCUUUAGAGACUUGUAAACAUGGUGCUAUCUUAUAAACCCAUUGUGAUUUUUGUUAGUAGAAAUUGCAUUUCUUAACUUUAUGUCAUAAAAAAAAUUGAGGUUGUAAUAUUUUAUAGAUCUGAGUCUGUGUUCCCAAAAACUUGCAUACAAACAAGUCCAAUACAUUGCUUGUAUUUUGUUUUCAACUGAUAAUCCAUCCAUUAUUAAGCAUAUAUGUGAUGAACAGACUAAAGUUAAUGUUAAUUUAUAUGAAGUACAACUGUGUAAUGAAUUUGUACAGUAGUAGAUUGUAGUAGCUUUACGUCUACUUACAUAUAGAAUCUUCGAAGUAAAAAAAAAAGUCUGUUUCAGAUAAUAUUGUCCGUAAAUUGUUGUUUCAAUCAUCGAUUUGUAAUUUACUUCCACUUCUGCAUGUGCCGUCAUUUUAUGUAUCAUGUGCCAAACUUCUAGAUACAGCAAAAUUUUAACUUGCAGGGGAAAUUUUGUAAGAAAAAGAUAAAUGGCUGAGUAAAUAAUAUUGUGAGAUGGUCCCUUUCUUUGUCAAUUAUGUCUUUCUACAUUAAACCAGAAAAAUGAGAAAA